AUGAGAACAAUUUUUUUACUUAUUUCACUUAUCUUUUCAAUAGUCUCAGCAACUACAGUGACACCAAACGUACCGAGUGAAGAUGAUUUCUAUACACCACCAAUAGGAUUUGAAGAUGCAAAAGUAGGAGAUAUAUUAAAAUUUAGAAAUACACCUAAUCAAAUUAAAUUUGUAUUUUUCCCACUUAAUAUUAAAAAUUCAUGGCAAAUAUUAGUAAGAUCUGAAGACUCAUUUGGAAAUCCAAAUGCAAUUGUUACAACAGUUAUGGAACCUCAUAAUGCUGAUCCAAAUAAAGUUAUAAGUUAUCAAACAUUUCAAGAUAGUACUAGUGUAGAUUGUGCUCCACUGUAUGCUUUUUUAUAUGGUUCUUCAUUAAGAACAAUUUCAAUACAAGCAGAUGUAACAUUUAUAACAUUAGCUUUAAAUAAUGGUUAUUAUGUAGUUUCACCAGAUUAUCAAGGACCUAAAUCUGCAUUCACCGUUGGUAGACAAUCUGGAUAUGCUACUUUAAAUUCAAUUAGAGCCAUUUUAAAUUCAAAAAAUAUUACAGGGAUUGAACCUGAAGCUAAAGUUGCAAUGUGGGGUUAUUCAGGUGGUUCAUUAGCAAGUGGAUGGGCAACUACAUUUUUACCAACUUAUGCACCAGAACUUGAAGAAAAUGUGAUUGGCACAGCCUUAGGUGGAUUCGUUACCAAUAUUACUAGUUGUAUUCCAGCGGUCGAAGGUAACAUGGGUGCUGGUAUAAUUCCCGUUUCAUUAAUUGGAUUGACAAACGAAUUUGAAAAUGCUUCUUAUAUAUUAUCUGAACAUGUCGCCCCCAAUCAAGCCCAUAAGUUAACGAUAGCAAGAGAAAGUUGUUUGAUUGAAACAAUUAUUAGUUUUUUUGGAAGUAAUAUUUUGGAAGGCACUAACCCAAUGUUUCCAAUCGGACCUGAACUACUUGAAAUACCAGAAUUAAAGACGUUAUUGCGAAAUAAUACCUUAGUGGGUUUAGAUACCAAUGAACAUUUUCCAAAAACUCCUGUAUUUAUUUAUCACGGUACAUUGGAUCUGUGGGUACCAAUAGGGGAAACAAAAAAGACUUAUCAACAAUGGUGUGAAGCUGGAUCCCCUUCAAUUGAAUUUGCAGAAGAUUUAUUGAAUGGUCAUUUAACUGAAGCAUUAUUUGGUGCUCCAGCUGCUUGGACUUGGAUAGAAAGUAGAUUUAACGGUGUACCACCAGUUGAUGGUUGUUCACAUACGGUAAGAUUACAAAAUAUACUAUAUCCAAAUAUAUCUCAAGCUACAUCUGAUUAUUUUAGUGGUUUUAUUGAUGCUAUCACGUUUGCUAAAAUUGGAAACGAAGGUCUUGCUUCAGAUAAUAUCACUAGCUCCACUUUUGAUAGAAUUUUGGGUGAUAUCCGUAAAUUUUUUUGA